AUGGCAGACCUGACGACCACGCCAUCUUGUACGAUUCCGUCCUCGACGACGACGGCAUCGACCCUAUCUUGUCCGACUUCUGGCCCGUCAGAAUGGCUUUCUCUCCAGGAUUCGCAGGAGCAGCAAGUGGCCCCGCUCGCAAUGAUCGACUUCUUCUUUCCAGGAUUCUCCCUAUAUGCCGGUGCCGUGCAGCGCACCUUGGGCAUUGACUUGAGCAUGUACAUUUCAGGCCUUGUCCUGCUCAGUCUGUUGACGUGGAUCUGGUGUUGGGCCUCAAGCCGCUUCUUGAAGACCAUCGAGACCUACUUCAUGUCGAGCGUCGAUAUUCGCACCGACGAUGAUGUGUACUCGAUUGUCAUGGCCUGGGUCGCAACCCAGAAAUUCGCCACGUCUGCUCGCCGCUUCGUCGCCAAUGCCGAGUCUUCCUCCAGGGCCUGGCACCUGCGCAGCUACGACUGCGAUAGCUAUGACGCAGAAGACAGUACCGACUUGUUGCUGGACCAGGCCGGCGGCGGCAAUGGCGGCACCCCGGACGGCAGCGUUCAAGGUCAGUUUGGCAGGAGGGCUCUGGCCUACAGUCCGUCCUUUGGCACUCACUACUUUUGGUAUCGAGGCCGCCUCCUCCUCUUCAAGCGCGUCGCCAAGGAUUCUACAUCCAGCUACCCCAGUAGUAAUGAAGAGAUCACCAUCUUUUGCUAUGGACGCAACCCUUGGAUUUUGAAGAGGCUACUACACGAAGCCCGCGCUCUCUAUAACAAGCGGGACGAGACCAAGACAAUCAUCUUCCGCGGGAUGCUGCGUGGUGGAACGGGGAUAUUAGAGCCCGAAUGGCAGCGGUGCCUAGCACGCAACUCUCGGCCUUUCUCAACCGUUAUUCUCAAUACAAAGAUCAAGCAGGAGGUCAUUGACGACAUGACCGACUACCUGAAUCCAGCGACCAAGCACUGGUACGCGAACCGCGGCAUCCCGUAUCGCAGGGGAUACCUGCUCCACGGCCCUCCGGGUACCGGCAAGAGCUCCCUGUCGCUCGCCCUCGCCGGCUACUUCAAGAUGCCCAUCUACAUUGUCUCCCUAAGCUCCGUCACCGCCAGCGAAGAGCACUUGACGACGCUCUUCGCCGAUUUGCCGAGCCGAUGUCUCGUCCUGCUUGAAGACAUUGACACGGCCGGUCUCACGCACACGCGCGAGGAGGAUGGAAGUGACAUCGCCGAGACGGACGAUGAUGAGACGGACGAUACUGACACCGAGUCGGCUGCCGACUGCUCCAAGACGAGGCACGGCCCUGUUGCUGGCGGACGCCCCGGCGGAUCUCCUGGCGGCCUAUCACUCUCAGGCUUGCUCAACAUCCUCGACGGUGUGGCAUCGCAGGAGGGACGAGUUCUCAUCAUGACGACCAACCACGUCGACAAGCUCGACAAGGCGCUGAUCAGACCUGGUCGUGUGGACAUGAUGGUAGAGUUUGGACGGGCCGAUGAAGACAUGUCGGCAGCCAUUUUCCGGGCUAUCUUUGCGCGUCUCGAGGGUGACAGGGACAUUUCCCACAGGGAUGCCUCGGCCUUGGAGGAGAUGAGCCUUCAGGCACGGCGGAAGCGAGAUGAGGAUAUGGCACAGGAGCAGGUCAAGGAGACCGCCCGGGUCGAGGCCAUGGCGCUCGAGUUUGCUGCGCGAAUUCCGGCUCACGAGUUCAGCCCAGCUGAACUGCAGGGCCACCUUCUAAGACACAAGAGGGAUCCCCAAGCAGCCAUCAACACUGCCGACGAGUUCGUGGCCCAGACCCGCCGCGAUCACAAGGACAAGGAGCUCAAGGAGGCCGAAAAGAAGCGCAAGGCCGAGGAUAUGAAAAAGCAGAAGGAGGAGAAGGCAGCCAAGAAGACAGACAAGAAGAACAACCGUGAUAAGAAGUGCAAGGAGGCUAAGGGCAAACUGUGUGCUGAUUUAGACUCGGAGUCUUCCGACGCAGGCGCCGAGUCUGAGAACAAGAUCAAGAAGGAGCGAAAGAGCAAGACCAAGGGAACGCAGACGAGCAACCAGCCAGCAUCCUCUGACUCGGAAUCGUCCUCUGUAGUUGAGGUUGAAAAGCCCGAGAGCUCAGUCGGAGGGGACCACACCAAGGCAGGGGAGUAG